CUGAGGGGCGGGACGGGGCGAUCCGCCAUCGAGGGGCGGCAGAAUGAACAUCCAUCCCUGCCCUUGAGUUGGAAUAGAAGGGGAUUUUAAGGCAUAAAUGAGUAGAUGGUGGAGGCUGCAGGUGAUAACAGCAGCUCCUAAGGAGCAGGGACAGGCAAUACGUGUGCACUGUGGAACAGGGCACUGCAUGGAUCCAAGUCAAGGUUUAAUUUCCAUCUCUGUCCCUCUGCUAAAGGCACUUUCUAACUGUAAAGGCACCUUCCAAUUUUCCCGUGCCUUCAUUCACUUCUAUUCCUCUUUUCCACGUUCUCACCCAUUGCACUGAAUGACAAAGACAAUACUCAGUUACUCCAGACUAAAUUGAAUCACUGCUCUGGGUGCCGAGGUCAUUGCAGCAGCCAUCCUGAUGUUAACCACCAGGACUGUACACCUUCCCUUGGGCCAGGAACCUGCUACAUGAAAAACUGUUGUGAAUCAAAAUGGUCACCACGUAGAAGCCUGCAGCAACGAGUGACUAAUACACGCCAUCACGCUGGUGAACCUCUCUGGAUGCUGAGAAGCUGGCGCUGAAGCUGAAGCCUGGGCAGUGCUCCUCGGUGCUUUUUGCUGCCUUGUGCAAUGUCUGCUGCAGAAGAGUUUUCUGCAAGUCCCUCUCUUGCAUGACAACACUGUGUGAAACUGUCGUAACCAGUACAGCUGACAGUUGGAAAACAUGCCCUGCUUGGAGAUGACAACCAAAAGGAAGAUUAUUGGCCGCUUGGUGCCCUGCCGCUGUUUUCGCGGUGAGGAGGAGAUCGUUUCCGUGCUGGAUUACUCGCACUGCGGCCUGCAGCAGGUGCCAAAGGAGGUCUUCAACUUCGAGCGCACGUUAGAGGAGCUUUAUCUGGAUGCCAAUCAAAUCGAAGAGCUACCCAAGCAACUGUUCAACUGCCAGGCGCUGCGCAAGCUGAGCAUACCAGACAAUGACCUCUCCAGUCUGCCAACCACCAUCGCCAGCCUCGUUAAUCUCAGAGAACUCGAUAUCAGUAAAAAUGGAAUUCAAGACUUCCCAGAGAAUAUUAAGUGUUGUAAGUGUUUAACAAUUAUUGAAGCCAGUGUCAAUCCGGUAUCAAAGCUGCCAGAUGGCUUCACACAACUUCUAAAUUUGACCCAGCUCUAUCUGAAUGAUGCCUUUUUGGAGUUUCUCCCAGCUAACUUUGGAAGGCUUGUCAAAUUGAGAAUAUUGGAGUUAAGGGAAAAUCACUUGAAAACUCUACCAAAGUCGAUGCACAAGCUGACUCAGCUGGAGAGACUUGAUCUGGGCAAUAAUGAAUUCUCUGAACUGCCUGAGGUUCUCGAACAGAUACAAAACCUGAAGGAAUUAUGGAUGGACAAUAAUUCUCUGCAAAUACUACCUGGGUCUAUAGGAAAGUUAAAACAGCUCGUGUACCUGGAUAUGUCAAAAAACAGGAUAGAAACUGUUGAUUUGGACAUAUCGGGAUGUGAAGGACUUGAAGACCUCCUGUUGUCAUCAAAUAUGUUGCAGCAACUGCCAGACUCCAUAGGGCUGCUGAAAAGGCUCACCACGUUAAAAGUUGAUGACAAUCAGCUCACGAUUUUGCCCAAUGCCAUUGGAAAUUUAUCUUUAUUAGAAGAAUUUGACUGCAGCUGUAAUGAGUUGGAGUCGUUACCUUCUACCAUCGGUUACCUUCACAACCUGAGGACGCUGGCUGUGGAUGAGAAUUUCCUUCCUGAGCUGCCCAGAGAAAUUGGGAGUUGUAAAAACGUGACGGUGAUGUCUCUGCGCUCCAACAAGCUGGAAUUUCUUCCAGAUGAAAUAGGUCAGAUGCAGAAGCUGAGAGUGUUAAACCUGAGUGAUAACAGGCUGAAGAACUUACCAUUCACUUUUACGAAACUCAAAGAACUUGCAGCUUUGUGGCUUUCUGACAACCAGUCCAAGGCUCUCAUCCCUCUGCAAACUGAAGCUCACCCAGAAACGAAGCAGAGAGUUCUGACUAACUACAUGUUUCCCCAGCAGCCCCGCAGCGAUGAAGAUUUCCAGUCAGACAGUGAUAGUUUCAACCCUACUUUGUGGGAGGAGCAGAGACAGCAACGUAUGACUGUUGCCUUUGAAUUUGAAGAAAAAAAGGAAGAGGAGGAAAAUCCAGGGAAAGUCAAGGUUGAAAUAAAUCUAAAACGUUAUCCCACUCCAUACCCGGAGGAUUUAAAGAAUAUGGUAAAAUCAGUUCAAAAUCUGGUGGGCAAAACAAGCCAUGGAGUACGGCCUGAGAACGCAGCACCAACCGCCAACACUGAACAAACUGUGAAAGAAAAGUAUGAGCACAAGUGGCCCAUGGCACCAAAGGAGAUUUCAGUGGAGGUGCAAGAAUUCCAUAAGAGUCACCUGUCUGAUACAGACAACACUCAUAAAUCGACUCUGGACAGGAAGGAGAAAGAAGAGCAUGCAAAAAGCUCAGAGGAUGCCUUCGGACAUCCUGCCACUGAGAUGAGGAUAGGGGAACUUCGUCCUUCCCUGCCAGAGACUCCGUUGUACCCACCCAAACUUGUUCUUCUGGGUAAAGACAAGAAAGAGUCGACAGAUGAGUCUGAAGCAGAUAAGAUCCAUUGUCUGAAUAACAGCGUUUCCUCAGGCACUUACUCAGACUAUUCCCCUUCCCAGGCUUCCUCAGGGUCCUCCAACGCGCAUGUUAAAAUGGGGUCCUUGCAGACAACGGCUAAAGAAGCAGUGAAUAACUCUUUGUGGGGGAACAGCAGGCUGGUGCAGUCGUUUCCACAGCCCCUGGAAACAAAGCCAUUACUGAGCCAACGGGAACCUGUUCCGGCAGGGAACGUGCCGCCGCGCACCGACAGGCGCCCUCUGAGUGACACCUUCACCGACAGCUGGAAUGACAGCUCGCACUACGACAACACUGGCUUCGUGGCGGAGGAGAGUGCGGUGGAGAACCCCAGUGCCAACCCUCUUCUCAGCACGAAAUCCAGAAGCACAUCUGCACAUGGGCGCAGGCCGCUGAUUAGGCAGGACAGGAUAGUUGGCAUUCCUCUGGAGCUGGAGCAGCCGACGCUCAGAAACACACACGAAUCUGAAGUGCCUCCUCCCAAUCCUUGGCAAAAUUGGACCAGAACCCCUAGUCCUUUUGAAGACAGGACAGCUUUUCCUUCCAAACUGGAAAACACCCCCACCACCAGCCCUUUGCCUGAGCGGAAAGAUCAUGUCAAAGAGUCUCCCGAGAUAGCUAGCACUUUUGCUCCCGGAAUAGCAUGGGAAUAUCAUGAUUCAAAUGCUAACAGAAGCCUCACAAAUGUAUUUUCACAUAUCCACUGUCGCCCAGACCCUUCUAAAAACGUUAUUUCCAUCAGCAAGAGUACAGAAAGGCUUUCUCCGAUGAUGAGGGAUUUAAAAACUAACAAAUUUAAGAAGUCGCAAAGUAUCGACGAGAUAGACAUCGGUACAUACAAAGUUUAUAACAUACCCUUAGAAAACUAUGCAUCCGGUAACGAUACUGUAGGAGCCCACGAGAGGGUGGACAAGCUGCUGGGCCCGGAGCACGGCAUGCUGAGCAUGUCCCGCAGCCAGUCGGUCCCCAUGCUGGACGACGAGCUGCUGACCUACGGCAGCGUCAAGGUGCAGCCGCAGCAGAAGUCGUCCGUGACAAAGAAGGUCUACCAGUUUGACCAAAGCUUCAACCCGCAGGGAGCAGUGGAGGUCACGGCCGAGAAGAGGUUACCGCCACCUUUCCAGCUCAACCCUGAGUACAUCGCCCCGCAGAGUAAGAACCUGCCCCAGGAGCUGGUCAGCCCCAGGGCGUACCGCGGCUACCCGCCCGUGGAGCACAUGUUCUCCUUCUCCCAGCCAUCGGUGAAUGAGGACGCCAUCAGUACGCCCUUCACAAGCCAGGGCUCCAGGCCAGGCUUCUUGAGGCGGGCAGAUUCGCUGGCCAGCUCCACUGAGAUGUCCAUGUUCCGGAGGGUGAGCGAACCCCACGAGCUGCCCCCCGGCGACAGGUAUGGCCGGCCUCCGUACCGCGGGGCUAUGGAGCGCCAGGGCAGCAUCUCGGUCUCCGAGUCCCAGUUCCUCAAGAGGAAUGGCAGGUAUGAAGAUGAGCAUCCUUCCUACCAAGAAGUGAAAGCCCAGACCGGCAGCUUUCCUGUUAAAAACCUUACCCAAAGGAGGCCCUUGUCCGCAAGAAGCUACAGUACAGAGAGUUACGGUACCUCUCAAACCAGGCCAGUUUCAGCGAGGCCAACCAUGGCGGCUCUGCUGGAAAAGAUUCCGUCAGACUAUAACUUGGGUAACUAUGGCGACAAGCCUUCCGAUAACAGUGAUAUAAAGACAAGGCCUACCCCUGUGAAGGGAAAUGAGAGCUGUGCUAAAAUGCCUGCUGACUGGAGACAACAGCUACUUAGACAUAUAGAAGCUAGAAGGUUAGACAGGACCGCUGCUUACAAACACAACACAGUUAGCCUUGGCAUGCUGCACUCUGGAGGGUUUUCAGCAAUGCAUGCCGGCAGAAGCAUGACUUUAAACUUGCAGACUAAAUCUAAAUUUGAAAACCAAAUGCUUCAAGAGCUACCUCUACCGAAAACCCCGUCGCAGCAGAGCAGCAUCCUGGACAACGGGCAGGACGAGGGGCCGGGGAGCGGCCAGUGGAACCCCUACCCGCUGGGGCGGCGGGAUGUGCCCCCCGACACCGUCACCAAGAAGGCAGGUAGCCACAUCCAGACCUUGAUGGGGUCACAAAGCCUGCAGCACCGCAGCCGUGAGCAGCAGUAUGAGGGGAACAUGAACAAGGUGACCAUCCAGCAGUACCAGCCCCCGCUGCCCAUCCAGAUCCCCUCCUCGCAGAGCUCCCGAGCGCCGCAGACGGGGCGAUGCCUCAUCCAGACCAAGGGGCAGAGGAGUACGGACGCCUACCAGGAGCAGUUUUGUGUGAGGAUAGAGAAGAAUCCUGGCCUCGGUUUUAGUAUCAGUGGUGGAAUAAGUGGACAAGGCAAUCCAUUCAAACCUUCCGAUAAGGGUAUCUUUGUUACUAGGGUUCAGCCUGACGGACCAGCAUCCAGCCUGCUCCAGCCUGGCGACAAGAUCCUCCAGGCGAACGGACACAGUUUUGUACAUAUGGAACACGAGAAAGCUGUGUUACUACUGAAGAGUUUCCAGAACACAGUAGACCUAGUUAUUCAACGUGAGCUUACUGUCUGAAUAUUUUUUUAUGAAUAGUAAAUAUGUCUAGCCAGAUCUAACGUUCAAACAAAUUUAUACGUAGGAAACCAAUUUUUUGCCAAUUGCUGGACCAAUGGCAAACAGUAGUGCCAAAUGUAUCAUACUCUAUGUUAGUACGGAUCAUCUCGACGGAAAUAUAUUCCCAAUAUAAAGAUACUGCUCGUGUGGCUACCUAUUGGUUUGAACCGUCAGCCUCCGGCUGCGCGUUGGUGCAUUUUUUUAACCGAGUUACUUCUUAAAGUCAAUUUCAUAUGAUUUCCAGACACAGAAGCACACACCGAUUCUGUAGGAAUUCUGCUGUCCAUCAGAAACACUGCCUCAAAGUUGUAUAUGCCUUUAUAAAGAUGAAAUAUAUUAACCUGUACUUCCCAUGAAAUAUUUCUAUCAUGUCACAUACAAAAAUAUAGAGAAAAAAAAAUAUUUUCAUAAACACCUCAAAGAAAGUAUAUAUUAAAUUAAAUUUAAUAACGCUCAUUUAUUUUCAAUGCAAAGAUAUUAUAUGCCUUAUAAAAAUACCUGUACAUAUGCAGUGUGUAUAGCUGGCUCCACGCUAAUGAGUGACGCUGUCGCUGCGCAGGGUGAGGUUCUCGAUAGCCCCGGAUGGAGACGGGUCACGUCCUUUCUGUUGCCUCCAUGUGAACACAGCGAGCGGACGAGCAGUGAGUGUUAGCCAGCCGAGCUUCCUGAGCGGGACAAGUUGGUGUUGGCUGGCAGUAAAACUUCUUUUGUUGCUGCUAAUGUUAUUAAUCUACUCUAUCUUUUCCAUUUCGAGUGACAGGCCCCUCCCCUGCGCUGCCCGUUUCCCCGGUGUUAUGGUGUUCCGUAUUAGUGCUCUGGCCCGGGCUCACUACGUCCGUUAUCAGCAUGGCUUCAGCCUUUAUAGAACCCUUUAUUUCAGUAACAGUCUCUAAAUGAAUGGGGAUUGAUCCAGUAUACAUGAGAAGUCAUAGAGCAGCACUGUCAGAGCAUGGGAAGAGCUUUCCCAGCACAGCACCGAGUCUCAAAACCCUUAAGGUAAAAAUCUCAUGUGCAGUUUUCAACAGAGGCAGCACCGAGUUCUGCCCAACUGCUGCAGCAUCAGUAAUUCAGGUGUGUGCCGAGCUGACAGCAGGGAGGUGAAACACAAGGCACAGCCCCACGAGGUGCUGCUGCUCACAGCCUGGUGCUGGGCUGCAGGCAGAGCCGGGAGCUGCUCACAGGGAGGCAUCUCCACCAAUAACCCUCAAACCUUUCUUCUCUUCCCCUCGAGCACGUGCAGAUUGAAGGAAUUGAGGCUUCCAGUCUUCUGACAUGAUGUCAAAGGACAGUGGUGCCCCUUCUGUGUGCCUUGUCUGUGUAGGGCCAGGUGCCUGCCACAGAGAAGCACCCACCAAUAGGUAAGAGUAGGAGCUGCCCCGCCGGGCUGUUACGAAGCGCCGGGUCUUGUUUGCACUCUUCCUUUUUUGUUGUUGUUUUGGCUACUGGGAAGCACUGGAGAGGCUUGGGAGUGCGAGGCUCUGGUGUUGGCAUGUACAUUCCAUAUUCCAUGGCUGUUUGCAUCUUUCCUCUUCUCUCUAAACAAUAAGAGCUAUUGAGCUUAUCACCAUAAAUAAUAACGAACCGUACAUUCCCAGCUGACGUAACACAAACUGCUCCUUUACCCAUGCAAUGCUCUUAGUGGAAGAGCUCCUGUGACCCCCGAGUGGCAGCAUGUCUCCAGAUCCACUUGGUAUUACAGGUUGGGAUGGAUUCCCUGCUUCUCAGCUCUCCACUUCUAUCACACGGGUGUGAUUUCAAAACACCCCCCAAACCACACAGGCUCUGCAGAACCCACCUGCACUCUCCCCUCCAUUGGCACAUUGGAGGCCAAUGUCCCCACCGUACAUCCACUGCCCUUUAACAUCAGGUUUAAUUCAUCACCAUGUUCAGAAAAUUGUACCUCCGUAGUCUGUAGUUGUGCUGAAUGGAAAUUAGGUACAUUAAUAGGUGUUUAUGCACCUGAAGCCUCUUUGGAGCUACUCUCCUCACGCAGAAUAAUCACUGUUAUGGCUGUGAGCACACACACAGUGUGCACAGCCGCAGCUGUACACCCCACAGGCACCUUAUGGCAGCACAGCCCCAUGCUCAGAGCUCCCCUGCCAUGUCUGCUUCCAGUAGGAAAGCAGGGCAUUACUUCUGCAGUUUUACUCCCUGCUGUAACACUGCAGUGUGGGUGUGCAGAGCACGGAGCACACAUCCCUCCUUCCCUCAGCACUUCACGCAGUAGCUGCUAUGCACAGAGUGCUUUGGUAGCAUCCAAAUGUAGCAGGGAGCUACAGAGCUAAGGAGGCCUAUAGCCAAGGUAGUGAAGGCAGGUGAGGAUGGGUGAACUGUGAGCUUUCAGGGCUUGUUAAUGCUGCAUUUUUUGCUUUGGUGGGUUUCUUUACACUGAGAUUAUGAGACUAAAGCACAGUGGCAGGAUAAGUGUGCACAGCUGUAGGUCAGGAUUGCUGAGUGCGUUCAUCAAUGGACUGUAAUGAAAUGGAAAUCACAAUAGAGCUGAAUGAGUGCAGUGGAGGGCUGUUACUGCAGCCACAGCUCCCCGACUCCUGGAGGGAUCUGGGGUGAAUUUGGCCUCCCAGCUGCAAGGUGCAGCAGUUAAGCUUUAAUAGCAGCCACCACUGCCCAGAUGACCCAGCAGUUUCUUUUUAGUGUUGUUUUUAUUCAAAUUGAUAGAAGUGGAGUUUAGAUGGGAGCAACUAGACUUCAGUGGGACUGCUUAGGGUUUGCACAUUAGUCCACUCAAAUAACCUGCACCAUUUUCUUUCCCAGAACCCCAUGUACACAACUGUGCACGGCCAGGCCUGCAAGUGGGCUCCCCAGCUGCAUGCAGGCUUUGCACACAGAAAGCCCAUAAAUAUAAAUACAGCUCUACAGCAAGUGCUGGUGGUAGAGGACAGAUUAUCCAGAGGUGAGCUCUGUGUGUGGGUUCACCUGUGUGUGUGUGAGGGGAAUCUGACCGGGCUCAGAGCUGCAGAUGGUUUCCCUUCUUAGUGCUGCACAGCACCCCUGGGCACACCAUAUGUUCUCCCUUGUCAGCCACAGGCACUCAGCGCGCUGUUCUUUAAGCUCAUAGUGGAAGCAUUAAUCUCAACAGAGCUGUGCUGGGUUCUUUUUUAGAUUUUUCUCGCAAUAAACAACAGAUGAUCCUCAGGGAAGGGCUGCAUUGCAGAAGGAAAUCUGCACCGGGGCUCUCUGACCCUCAUUUUGCAGCAAGUCUUAAGGAACCCAUGGUCAGUACUGGGGCUGAUGUCCUUGUGCUGCCGGUGGCACCUGACAGGGCCAGGAGUGUCCAGAGCCCUGGGCCCAGCUGCUCUGCAGCCCUGGCACCAGUUGGCCACUAAGAAAAAAAAAAGGAAAAAUUAAAGAAAGCUGCUCACAAAAUGUUUUUCUUAUUUUGAGAUAUAUUUCUAAGAAGCCCAUAGGAGCCUGUGGGGCCUUCUAGUCUAACAAUUUAGCCACUGACCAUUAACAGUUUGUGUUGAUCAGCUUUGGUAUUACAAGCCAGUUGUUCUCAACAGCAGAAUUCAGAGCUGUUGUGAUGCUUUCCAGAGCUGAGAGCAGGCUGGGAGCAGAGCCCUCCAGCUGCAUGCAUGGGACCACAAACGUGUUUCCAGGCUUUCAUUUAAUGGGAACGUUCUGCCUGAAAGACUAUUGAUGCUGAUAGAAGGGCCCUUUUUCUGAACAUGAAUGAAAAGACCUUUGAAGCAUUGCUCUAACAGCCAUAUUUUUAGCUGGCAGAUGAACAGCUAGAAGUUAAAGUGCUGUAGGACGUCACUGAUUCUCAUGGCCCAGAAGUCCAACUAAAAAUUACAGGACAAAGCAUUGAUGGAAUUGGUUUGCUGUUGUUAGUGAGCGCUUUGAAUGUACAGACUCUGGUGUGGUGGAUCCUCUCACGCUUGUAAUAUAACAUUUAACUACCUUAUGCAAUGGGAAGCCCACAUAUUUAUAAAUAUGUGUAUAUAUGUAUAUAUCUGAUAGAGAUAUAUGCAACAGGAAAUGCAAAGACAACUCUGUGUGACAAACCACGCCUUCGAACCCGUCCACGUGCAGGGUCUGGUCUCCAGCAAAGAUGUGGGCACUGGUGCUGGGCCCAGGGUGGCACAGGGGCUGUUCCUGGGAGCCAGCCAGCAGCAGGACAGGGGCUGGAGUUCAGCAGUUCAAGUUCAGCACACAGGAUCUGUGUUCCGCCAGUGCAGCCCUUGUCCUGCACAGCCAGGUGAGCCACAUCACACAGAAAUAACACAGAACACUGAUACCAAUUUGCUCAAGUCACAAACACGGCAGAUCAUACACCUCAGUGGGGUCACCACCUCCCUUACCUGCAUUCACAUUGAGAAUUCCCAGUGAAGAACAAACCGUUACCUAAAGCUGGAGCUCCUCACCACGGGCCAUGGAGCCAUACGGCCCAUCCUGCCUCAGCGCAGCCCUCCCACCUCUUCUACCUUCACCAUUUUCAUUUAAGUAGUGCACAAAGAUUUACAACAUUAUUUUCAGCUAAUCAGACCUAAGGACAUUUGUUAGUCUUGCCAGUAUGAGUGAAAUACAAAGUAACGAUACAACUUUCUGGCCAGUAGUUUGGAUAGGAUAGGAAUUAUUAGUGGCUUGGUUUUGUUUUGAACACGUUUGGGUUGGGUACCUGGCGCGGUGGCUGCGGCCAUGUGUGCAGGGACAGGCAAGGUGAGCCGUUCUCCUCCGGGAUGGGAGGAGCUGGGGGCAGCCAACGUGGAUCUUCCCUGUAAAAGCCAAUUGGAAAAGACACCAUUUGUUUCUCCCAGAACUUCGGUAGUUUCUCUUAGGGAAAAAAAAGAAAAAAGAAAAAAAGAGCCUUUGCAAAUCCUCUUAGGGGACAAUUCACACCAAUAUUCCCAAAGCGAACAAUAUCACUGCAUUAAUUUACACGGCCCUCGUAAGGCUUUCCCUGCAGCGCCACGGCCCUGCAGCACAAGAGGCUUCAUCCUUGUCAAUUGGGGCCUUGUCUCUUUGCUGGCAUACGUGGCUUUACCCCAAAACCCUGCUCAGAACAAACAUUAUGGGUUAAGUUUUCUACUCGUGAGUACUGUAUCCAGUUCAGAACCAACAGCUUACUUUAUUAAAAAUUUUACCAUUUUAUAAAAGACAUGUUUAAUUAUGAUGGAGAUGGCUGUAUUGUAAUUAAUAUUUUGAGAUAAUUGUGAUUUUGAGCUUAAAUUAUAUACAGAAAAUGGUCAUUUUUGUAUGUGUUAAAAGAUUGCUAUAUUACAAAUGACUAACUGUACUUUUCAGUUUAAUUACGGUAUUAAUGUAAAUAAAGCUGAAUGAAGAAAUAUUUACUACUUUAUUAACAUAGAUUGUGAAUGUACUUAAUGUUUUUUGCAGUAUAAAGACUUACUGAACUUGAAAGCUGCUUCAUUUUAUGUGCAAAAAGGUACUUCAAAAUUCUAUUUUAAAUCUCUUGACUCAGUGCAAUCAAUUAUAUCAUGAUAUAGUCGGUUAAUUUGCACACGCAGGUUGUAUCCUUCCAGUUUUCUUUCCUGUAUGACACUGACCCGUAAGGUGCAUAUUGUGUUUAGAAUGCAUUUUGCAGAUGCUUCUGUACAUAAAACAAAUACAGGGACUAAAACAAUGCUGUGCAGUGUAUAGCAGAGCCAUUUUUCGGCUUUGGUGUACCCAACUUUUUCAGUAUUUAAAGAAGUGUUUUGAAUAACAUUAAAAAAGAAAAAGUCUCUUUAUUGUAUAAAUAAUAAAAACGUCACCUUAUUGUAA